AUGUAAUCAUAGUAAUCAUAGUAAUCUAGUUAUAUAGCUUCUAUUCAAGCCACACCUCUGUCUUCACAAGCACUGAUGCAGCAUUGAUUGAACCAAAAAAGUUGGAGAGCUAACAACUACCACUAUACUAAGCUAAGCUACAGAACAAUGCUACCUAGGACACUGCCGCUAGCGCUAGUAGUUCUUCUGGUGCUAUGUUCCUGUGGGAGUGAAUGCUUGCAGUCCACUGAAUACCAACACACAAUAUACAUUGAUCCGGGCAAUCCAAAUAGCGUCAAUGAUAGCUCCUGCUAUACUAACUCCGAGGAGCAUCCUUGUGGUGAUAUAAAUAUUGCUUUAGCAUUUCCAGACAAACAACACUCGACCAUCUUCCAUCUUAGCUCUAAUGCUAACCACAAAUUGGCUAAUAAUGCGACUAAUAUGUUGUUCACAGAAGGUUCCCAAAUAGCCUUUGUUGGAGACAAUGGUACCGCUACAGUAGAGUGCAUGGAAGGUGCUGGACUGGCAUUUAUUAACUCUACCACUAUUAACAUUACUGGAGUGAGCUUUCUUUAUUGUGGAGCAUGGAGACCAAGUACUAGCUCAAAUUUUACAUCGAACAGUUUGCAAUUGAUUUUGAUUCGUGUUGGCCUGUACUUUUACAAUUGUCGCAAUGUUAAUAUGUCUCGCACGGGUGUCUCAAACAGUACUGAGGCAGUGGGUGUGGUCAUGUACAGUGUGGCGGGUGAGAAUUACAUCGGCUACUCACAUUUUGAUAACAAUAGGAUUAGUGAGAGCAAUACAAACGAAUCUGGUGGUGGAGGGUUCGCUGUGGAGUUCAACUAUUGUAAGCCGGGAGACGAUACCUGUGGUGAAAACAGUACACAAACUGAGAACAAUAGUGAUGCUGUGUACACUUUUGAGAACUGCUCGUUUAUCUUCAAUCGUGCAAUAGAUCAAUCUGGUGAAAAUGGAUCAGCAAAUUUAAUCCUUCCCAGAAAUGAAUUCCAUUAUUCCCUUGGUCGUGGUGGGGGACUUUCCCUCUAUUUCAAAGGCACCGCAGAAAAAAACACCAUUACUAUAAACGACUGUUGUUUCAGUCACAAUAGUGCAGGCUGGGGGGCGGGGUUAAUCAUUGCAAUAGCUGAUAGCACAAUUCAAAAUGUUGUAAAUGUUACAAGCUCUCAUUUUACGAACAAUGAUUGUUACGUUCGUCAAUCUAGCAAAGGUGGCUCUGGGGGUGGAGUUCGUGUGUCUUCUGUUGUCUAUUACACUCAUCUAAUGGACAAACUUUUGAUGAGAAAUUCUGUCUCUUUCAAAGAAUGCAUUUUCAUUAGCAAUAGAGCGCUGUUAGGUGGAGCGAUAUCAUUGUCUUAUCAUCAUCAACAAUUUUCACACCGCCAUCAGGUUUUUGAAGCCAGUAUUUCUGGUUGCUCUUUUGAAUUCAAUUCAGCUAGACUUGGCUCGGCUGUAAGCGUGGACAAUGACAACUAUUAUCCCAAAGGGGAACUAGGAUCUGCCUAUUUUUCCUCGUGUGUUUUUAACAACAAUACAAUUCUGUACAUUAAUGCUGAAAUAACACCGUACAGCAUGGGCAUUGGUGCCUUGUACAUAUCGGAAAUUCCAGUAACGUUUGAAGGGUACAUGUGUUUUCACUUCAACAAUGAAACGGCUCUAGCUGUAGUAGGUACCAUAGUGACUAUCAGCGAUCUAACUGAUUUAAUGUUCAAAAACAACAGCGGUUCAAAUGGAGGUGCAAUCUCUCUUUUAGGAAUAGCUACUCUGAACAUUGGUAAAGGUACGUCCUUCCUGUUUGCCAACAACUUUGCUCGUCUUAAUGGAGGAGCUAUUUUUAACAAUUACAUUGGAAAGGAAGACUUGCGCUCAUCUGUUAAAUGUUUUCUUCAAUAUGCGGACCCCUUUGAAAACCCUAAUACAUGGGAUACCCAGUUCACUUUCGAUAGCAAUCAAGCUGGUAAACUUGGUCACUCUAUUUUCUCCUCAACAAUUCUCCCAUGCCGCUCUAGGUUUCAAGACGCUACAAAUAAUAAGACUAAUGUGACCGACAUUUUCUGCUGGAAUAGUUCCACUUGGGUGUACAAAAACAGCAAAUGUAGCAAGGAAAUUCACACUUCCCCAGGGUCUUUCCUUCAAGAAUAUCCCAACCAACCAAUUUUUCCAGGACAUCCAUUUCACUUGAAAAUUGUAGCUACAGAUGAUUUAGGUCAUAAUGUGUCGCCAAAUACUGUAUACACAGCCUACACUAGCAACCCUCACAAAUCAGAAGUUGAACCGCCAUAUACACACAUAGCUAACGAGUAUGUUGGUAUAAGUGGAAGUGAAGACCAAAAUAUUACAUUGAAUUUGAACACAGCUGGUUACAGAGAUUGGAAAUUUGAGGUAAAUCUAGAAAUGCAAAAGUGUCCGCCAGGUUUUGUUGCCAGUGUGCCUACUAGUUAUAUUCUAACGAGUUCCUCUGACAGUGAGUAUCUUGCUAAUAGCACAUGCAAGUGUAUAGGAGGGCCCAAACGCCCGAAUACCUUUCGAGGCAACUUGAUUUGCAACGAGGAUAAUAUGAUUUCUGAGAUUCGAAAUGGUUACUGGAUUGGAGUUGUGCCUGCGUACAAUAACACUAAGCUAUAUAUGGCAAGCACCGCAUUGUUGCAUAGGUAUACUGAAAUAGACGCCUUUCCUAUUUCCCAGAGGUACGAUCGCCUUGACUACAAUCAAUGCUCACAUCUCCAUCGUACUGGUCCACUGUGUGGUGAAUGUUUGAAGAAUUACUCUACAGCCGUGAAUACUUUCGACUACAACUGUGUUCAGUGCAAUAGAAACACUACAAAUGUUGCCCUCAAUGUUGUUGCUUAUCUUGGACUCACAUAUUUGCCUUACCUCGUCAUAUUUGUGAUUAUAAUCUACUUUGAUAUUCGAUUAAUGAGUGGUCCUUUAGUAGGUUUCAUUCUCUAUGCUCAGUUGAUAGGCUCCGGGGUAAUUGAUUUGACCUAUUUCAAGAGUGAUGAUUCUCUUCACAAGAUUCGAAAUGCAUAUCAAAUUUCUUAUGGCAUAUUCAAUCUAAAUACUUUCUCUCAAUUUAUGGAGCCAUUUUGUAUUCGUGAAAACCUUAAUGCAUUGGAUGUGAUUUGCCUGGAUUAUGCCGUUGCUGCUUUCCCCUUACUACUGAUAAUCAUCAUUCGCCUACUAAUGCCACUCAAAAGCUUCAAGGUUUUCAAAAAAAGAAGAAGGAUUGGUGAUGUCAGUACAACGGUUACCGUUAACAACAUGAACAAGCCCACUGAAAGGCCAUUAAUUCAUGCUUUUGUCAGUUUUAUGUUUCUCUCGUAUACAAAAUUCAGUUUAACUUCAACUAAGCUCUUCACCACUAUUGAUCUAUUUGACCAAGAUGGUGCUACACCCAACAUCACGCUCGUCUUGUACGCUGGACAGUAUUACUUUGGACAGAAAGACUAUGUGUUGCCCUACGGCUUAUUAGCAAUCACUAUCUUUAUCUUUGUUGCGGUCCUACUUCCCCUGCUCCUGUUGGGACCACUCGACUUUAUGAACUGGCUAAUCGAUCAGCCGAAGUUUUAUUUCUUGAACAGAUAUUGGCCUACUCUAAAAAUCAAUAUCUUUUUGGAUGCAUUUAGAGGCUGUUAUAAAACAAACGGUAAAUAUUUCACCGGAAUAUAUUUCCUGUUUCGGUUAAUAAUCUUUCUCAUUUACGUAUUCUCAAGCAAUAGAGUGUUUUUGCGAUUAUGGCAACUCAUAUUCGUAGUCCUUUUACUCAUGCUAGUAGUGUGGAAGCAACCAUACCAAACAAAAUUUCUCAACUACUUGGACAGUUUGAUUCUUUUCAAUGUAGUUUUAAUAAAUUCGAUUUCUAUGUUCAACAUCUUGCCAAUGUACGGACUGACUAUCCUUUCGUGUUCUUUGCUCUUGGUGUGAUUCUAAUUUGGCUACCGAUGGUGUAUUUUGUCCUGUACUUGUGCUGGCUAGUCCUCCAUAAGAGAAGAGUGUACUAUUUUGCAGUGUAUAGGCUCAGGCCGGUUAUCAACUGUUUCCGCAAGUUCUGUGGUGAGCCAGUUCUUGAGGAAGAACAACCUUUGCUCAACCCCGCUGAUCAUUAUUCUGACAAUGAUCUCUUCGAUAGAGCUGAAGAAAAUAGGAGAUCAUGGUAUUUGCAGAGAGAAAAUCGAAGGCCGAGUCCUAACAAUACAAACACUUCAAAUGGAAGUGGCGCGAAGUUGACGGUGUCUUCAGGGUUUCAAUCUGGUGGAAGUAAUGCCACUCCUAACACUACUAAUAGCUCUAAAUCAUCCGGUGUAUACUGACAUGGAUUGAAACAUGAUGACAAUAAUAUAUUUGGAAUAGUUAUGUGAUUUUCUGCUUUUGUUCUACCCUCCCUAUAAUUGUAGACUAC